AUGAGUUUACUUUCCGCAUUCGGUGCUCUGCCCACCAUCCAGACCCGAAAGGCCCUUCUGAUUCUCGACUUUCAAAACGACUUUGUCCGUUCCUCUGGAGCUCUGCAUGUUCCCAAUACUGCAGAUAUUCUUGAUAACCUCCCUCAGCUUGCCAAUGCCUUUCGUCGCGCCGGUGAUGUCGUUUGGGUGCGGUCGCAAUAUGAGUCCUGUCGGUCUCUGAUCGAUUCUGAUUACCAAGAACGUGUGGUGUUGGGCCGGGUGGAGGAUGAAAAGAAGAAGCGCUUGUCCCAGCAGGAUCAAUAUUUAGGGUCAGAAGGUCAGAUAGGAGAAAAGGAACCUGUCCAUGAGGAAGCUUUCCUUACCACGGACUCUCCCCGAUGUUGUCGUCCUCAGACGCCAGGUGCCCAAUUUCCGGCGCCUGUCUUGGCUGCCAUCGACUCCGAAUGCGAUACGUUGUUGGAUAAGUCCGAUUACUCCGCGUUGCAGAGUGAAGGUCUGAUCUUGUCUUUCCGUACGCGCUUCGUAACGGAGAUUUAUCUAUGUGGUUCUCUGUCAAAUGUGUCUGUCUAUGCCACCGCGCUUGAUGCUGUCCGGCAUGGCUUCUCCGUUACCCUUAUUGAGGAUUGUCUAGGUUUCCGUGACUUCUCUCGCCACGCAGAGGCCAUGCGACGGAUGGCGGACAUUUUCGGAGCCUGUGGUAUCACGACGGAGGAGCUCUGCCAAGAGCUCGACUGGCAGGAGACUGAUGAUAUUGCACAAAGAGGGGGUCCUAGACCUGUUCGAACUAUCGUCCCCGCAGGACUUGAGAGUGUCAUGGAUGAACUCGAAGUCAAGGCAAAUUCCAUGGCUGCUUCUAGGGAAGGCGAUAGAGUAGAAGAGCGACAGGACAGCCGUCGUCGCAGGAUUGAUGAUGUCCUGGAAGAUAUGUCGGAUGGUGAGGAUGAUGAUAUAACGAAACUGGUCAACAUGACCCGUUCUCGCAAUCGCUUUGCACCUUCCCAGACGCAUGACACUCAAGGUAGCUCCGGGGAUAAGAAAGUUCGUGCGCGGGUGCGUCGCAAGCCAGGAAGAAAUGAGCAAAAACCAGAGCAAUCUUCAUCUUCGCGCCCAGAAAAUCGCCGAGCGGCUAAGUCCAAGAAACUGUCGCUAGAUAUUUGCGGCCCGGGGGAUGUUAUCGGGGAGGGUGACUCGCGUAUCAUUCAUGAUCUCGAUCUGCCUGCUGACGCAUUCGAGAAAAUUCGCAAUGAGGUUGACUGGCAGAAAAUGUAUCACUUGUCUGGCCAGGUGCCGCGACUUGUUGCCGUGCAGGGGCGAUCUCAAGACGAUGGGUCAAUUCCCAUAUAUCGUCACCCCGCAGAUGAGUCGCCGCCACUUCACGCUUUUACCUCCACGGUUGACCAAGUGCGCGUUAUUGUUGAGCGCGUUCUCGGACAUCCUCUCAAUCAUGUGCUUAUCCAACUCUAUCGUGAUGGACAGGACCGUAUUUCCGAACAUUCAGACAAGACGCUUGACAUUGUUCGUGGCUCAUUUAUCUGUAAUGUUAGUUUGGGUGCUCAACGCGUGAUGGUCCUUCGAACCAAGACCCACGGGUCUGAUGAGUCGGACUCGCGAAACACACAGCGUGUUCCCAUGCCUCACGAGUCACUGUUUGUUCUAGGCGAAAAGACAAACAUGCGGUGGCUGCAUGGUAUCCGACCCGACAAGCGUGCCGAAAACGAGAAAUCAACGGAAGAACGAGCAUAUGGUGGCGAGCGCAUCUCCCUUACCUUCAGACAUAUAGGCACCUUCCUAAAUUCACCAGGUGACACUAUUUGGGGCCAGGGUGCUAUAUCUAAAACCCAGGACGGAGCUAAUGCUGUGAUCCACGGGGAUCCUGCCGAAACAGAGCGACUUAUCCGCGCAUUUGGCAAGGAGAACCACGCUAAUGAGUUUGACUGGGACGCAACGUACGGUGGAGGGUUUGAUGUGGUCAACUUUGUCACAGCAUCGACGCCGCAGUUGGUGCUGAGCGGAGACCCAGUGGCUGAUCUACGGGCUCGACUCGCCCUGAGUGAGAAUGGCCUGCGAUAUAAUGCGACAGAUUCUGCUGGCAGCAAGUCAAGUAUUGCAAGACCAUUGUUCAUCGGAACAGACGACACGCGGGUCGCUGGCGAUGUGCAGAUCCUGACUUAUCUGGGCCAGAAAAACCCCUCAACGACGCGGUCAGGCAUAGAAAAGUUGCCAGAGGGUACCCAACUUCCCCUCAUCGAGGAACUUCUGUUGCGCUGGCGGGAAUACCAAAACCGCGGAGAAAGCACACAACCCGACUGGCUGGAUGCCUGGGACAAGUCACUGGAUGGAAAGCACUACCUUGGAGGAACGGCAUUUGGGAUCGACGACUGUUCACUCUGGCCUGUGCUGAAGGAAAUCGUACAGGGCAGAGGGUCCCUGUCGAGCCUGGGGUUCCCCAAUCUACAGCAGUACUAUAACCGGGUGGAGAAGCGGGGGAUUGUCAAAGCAACGCUGGAGGAAAUGAAGUGA